AUGGAAAGAAAUCAAUCCCAUCCUGCAGAAUUUAUUCUUUGCGGGCUUCUUUACCACUCAAAAUUUGACGUGCCUCUAUUUUAUCUGUUUUCUUUCACAUACCUACUGUCACUGAUUGGAAAUCUCACCAUAAUUGUAACAAUAUCAUUGUCUUCCAGUCUUCAAACUCCAAUGUACUUCUUUCUGACCAAUCUUUCAAUCCUUGAUAUUUGCUGCAUUUCAACUACAGUACCUAAGAUGCUAUACAACUUUGUUUUAGGCUCAUAUACUAUCACAUUUCAUGGGUGUGCUAUUCAACUAUACCUAUUUACUUGGAUCGAAAUUACAGAACUCCUGCUUUUGACCUACAUGGCAUUUGAUCGGUAUAUUGCAAUCUGCAAACCACUGCAUUAUACCCUUAUUAUAACUCAAAGAGUUUGUUUCCAGGCAGUCAUUACUGUUUGGGCUGUAGGGGCUUUCAGUUCAGGGGUUCAUACAUCAGCAACGUUCAGUUUAUCUUUCUGUGUCAAACAAGAGAUUAACCAUUUCUUCUGUGAGAUACCUCCAUUGUUAAAAUUAUCCUGCACAGACACUACUCUCAAUGAAAUGCUUACCCUUGUAACAGAUGUUUUCUUAGGAAUUAUGUGCUUUAUUUUCAUUUCAGUUUCAUAUUUCUUUAUCCUUUCGAGCAUUGCACAUAUCCACUCAGCUGAAGGGAAGAAGAAAGCCGCUUCUACAUGCACAUCCCAUAUUAUGGUUGUCCUUAUUUUCUAUGGAACAUUAUUUAUUGCCUAUGUCAAGCCACAGUCUGAGAUUUUUUCCAACCAAGAUAAAAUUCUUUCUGUUAUGUAUGCUGUAUUUGUCCCUUUACUUAAUCCUCUCAUAUACACUCUUAGGAACAAGGAUAUGACCCAAGCAAUACUCAAGCUAGUCAAUAAAAUAACACUAUCUGCUAUGUAA